CCUGCAGAGAGCUGUCAGCCUCCAGAAACACACCUGAUUUAGAUCAGAGCUCAAACUAGUUUCACUUCUAAGAAAGAGAAAGUCAUACAGUCAUCGCCACUGAGAGCUAAAAUGGCUCAGAAAGGAGUUCAGCUGGAUCCAGAAACCUUCUCUUGUUCGAUCUGUCUGGAUCUAUUAAAGGUUCCAGUGACUCUUUCCUGUGGACACAGCUACUGCAUGAGCUGCAUUAAAAUACACUGGGAUGAAGAGGAUCAGAAGAAAAUCCACAGCUGCCCUCAGUGCAGGAAAACCUUCAUACCGAGGCCUGUCCUGGAGAAAAACACCAUGUUAGCAGCUUUAGUGGAGCAGCUGAAGAAGACUGGACUCCAGGCUGCUCCUGAUGAUCACUGCUAUGCUGGACCUGAAGAUGUGGCCUGUGAUUUCUGCACGGGGAAGAAACUGAAAGCCCUCAAGUCCUGUCUGGUCUGUCUGGCCUCUUAUUGUGAGAAACACCUCCAGCCUCACUAUGAUGUAGCUCCAUUAAAGAAACACAAGCUGGUCCAACCCUCCAAAACACUACAAGAGAACAUCUGCUCUCGUCAUGAUGAGGUGAUGAAGAUGUUCUGCCGCACUGAUCAGCAGAGUAUCUGUUAUCUCUGCUCAGUGGAUGAACAUAAAGGCCACGAUACAGUCUCAGCUGCAGCAGAAAGGACUGCGAGGCAGCGAGAGCUCAAGGUGAGUCGACAAAACAUCCAGCAGAGAAUCCAGGACAGAGAGAAAGAUGUGAAACUGCUUCAACAGGAGGUGGAGGCCGUCAAUCGCUCUGCUAAUAAAGCAGUGAAGGACAGUGAGAAGAUCUUCACUGAGCUGAUCCGUCUCCUCCAGAAAAGAAGCUCUGAUGUGAAGCAGCAGAUCAGAUCCCAACAGGAAACUGAGGUGAGUCGAGUCAAAAAGCUUCAGGAGAAGCUGCAGCAGGAGAUCACUGAGCUGAAGAGGAAAGACGCUGACCUGAAGCAGCUCUCACACACAGAGGAUCACAACCAGUUUCUACACAACUACCCCUCACUGUCACAACUCAGUGAACCUACAGACUCAUCCAGCAUCAAUAUCCGUCCUCUGAGAUACUUUGAGGAUGUGACAGCAGCUGUGACAGAGCUCAGAGAUAAACUGCAGAACAUCCUGAAGGAGGAAUGGACAAACAACUCACUGACAGUCACUGAAGUGGAUGAUUCACAACCAGAGCCCAAGACCAGAGCUGGAUUCUUAAAAUAUUCACGUGAAAUCACACUGGAUCCAAACACUGCACACACAUUUCUGUUAUUAUCUGAGGGGAACAGAAAAGCAACAUGCACAUUCCCAGGACAGGCUUACUCUAGUCACCCAGACAGAUUCACUGAUUAUUGUCAGGUCCUGAGUAGAGAGAAUCUGACUGGACGUUGUUACUGGGAGGUGGAGUGGAGCAAGGGAGGAAGAGUUCAUGUAGCAGUCUCAUACAAGAACAUCAGAAGAAAUAAUAAUAAUAAUAAAUUUGGACAAAAUGACAAAUCUUGGGCGUUAGAUUAUGACUAUGACAAUUAUAAGUUUUGGUUCAACAACAUCUCCACUCCUGUCUCAGGUCCUCUGUCUCCCAGAGUCGGAGUGUACCUGGAUCACAAAGCAGGUAUUCUGUCUUUCUACAGCGUCUCUGAAAUCAUGACUCUCCUCCACAGAGUCCAGACCACAUUCACUCAGCCUCUCUAUGUUGGACUUUGGUUUGGGGAUUUUGGAGUCACAGCUGAAUUCCGUAAAAAAGAGAAAGUCAUACAGUCAUCGACACUAAGAGCUAAAAUGGCUCAGAAAGGAGUUCAGCUGGAUCCAGAAACUUUCUCUUGUUCGAUCUGUCUGGAUCUACUAAAGGUUCCAGUGACUCUUUCCUGUGGACACAGCUACUGCAUGAGCUGCAUUAAAAUACACUGGGAUGAAGAGGAUCAGAAGAAAAUCCACAGCUGCCCUCAGUGCAGGAAAACCUUCAUACCGAGGCCUGUCCUGGAGAAAAACACCAUGUUAGCAGCUUUAGUGGAGCAGCUGAAGAAGACUGGACUCCAAGCUGCUCCUGAUGAUCACUCUCGUCAAGAUGAGGUGAUGAAGAUGCUCAAGGUGAGUCGACAAAACAUCCAGCAGAGAAUCCAGGACAGAGAGAAAGAUGUGAAACUGCUUCAACAGGAGGUGGAGGCCGUCAAUCGCUCUGCUAAUAAAGCAGUGGAGGACAGUGAGAAGAUCUUCACUGAGCUGAUCCGUCUCCUCCAAAAAAGAAGCUCUGAUGUGAAGCAGCAGAUCAGAACCCAGCAGGAAACUGAGGUGAGUCGAGUCAAAGAGCUUCAGGAGAAGCUGCAGCAGGAGAUCACUGAGCUGAAGAGGAAAGACGCUGACCUGAAGCAGCUCUCACACACAGAGGAUCACAACCAGUUUCUACACAACUACCCCUCACUGUCACAACUCAGUGAACCUACAGACUCAUCCAGCAUCAAUAUCCGUCCUCUGAGAUACUUUGAGGAUGUGACAGCAGCUGUAACAGAGCUCAGAGAUAAACUGCAGGACAUCCUUAAGGAGGAAUGGACAAACAUCUCACUGACAAUCACUGAAGUGGAUGUUUUACUGUCUGAUUCACAACCAGAGCCCAAGACCAGAGCUGGAUUCUUAAAAUAUUCAUGUGAAAUCACACUGGAUCCAAACACUGCAAAGACAUAUCUAUUAUUAUCUGAGGGGAACAGAAAAGCAACAUGCACAUUCCCAGGACAGGCUUACUCGAGUCACCCAGACAGAUUCACUGAUUAUUGUCAGGUCCUGAGUAGAGAGGGUCUGACUGGAUGUUGUUACUGGGAGGUGGAGUGGAGCAAGACAGGAACAGUUCAUGUAGCAGUCGCAUACAAGAACAUCAGCAGAGCAGGAGGCUCGGAUGAAUGUGCAUUUGGACACAAUGACAAAUCUUGGGCGUUAGAUUGUAACAAAAACAGUUAUAAGUUUUGGUUCAACAACAUCUCCACUCCCGUCUCAGGUCCUCAGUCCUCCAGAUUCGGAGUGUACCUGGAUCACAGAGCAGGUAUUCUGUCUUUCUACAGUGUCUCUGAAACCAUGACUCUCCUCCACAGAGUCCAGACCACAUUCACUCAGCCUCUCUAUGUUGGACUUAGGUUUAACUUUAUUGGAGACACAGCUAAGUUCUGUAAACUGAAGUAGACAAAAACUAUUUCAGACUUCAUGUGUCAGAUUCUGUGUUUGUAUUUCUUCAAUUUGUUUCUUUCCAUUGUUUCUUAGAGGUUGUUGCUGUGGUGUGACAA